GGGCGGGGGCCGGGCCGGGUCGGACCUCGGGGCGCAGGCAGAGGCGGCGCUGGGCCGUGGAGCCGGAGCGUGAUGCCGUUCGUGGAGCUGGACACCAGCCUGCCGGCCGAGCGGCUACCGCCGGGGCUGGCCCAAACCCUGUGCACCGCCGCCGCGGACAUCCUGGGCAAACCGGCGGAGCGAGUGAACGUGACGGUGCGGAGCGGGCUGCCCAUGGUGCUGUCGGGCUCGGCCGAGCCCUGCGCCCAGCUGGUCGUCUCAUCCAUCGGCGUGGUGGGCACGGCGGAGCAGAACCAGCGGCACAGCGCCCGCUUCUUCGACGUCCUGACGGCGCAGCUGGGCCUCGGCCCCGAGCGGAUUGUCAUCCGCUUUUACCCACUGGAGCCCUGGCAGAUUGGCAAGAACAGGACAGUCAUGACAUUCCUGUGAUCCUUUGAGCGGCUGACUGGAACAAAGCAAUGAUGAAGACAACGCAGAGAUGACCAGCUCUAUCUAUCUACUUGCUUCCUCUUGUGAUCAAAUCUGUGUAGCUCUACACCUUCACUGAAUGAUUUACUUUUGUCUUUGCAUCCUGUACACACAAGGCUGAAGAGUGAGGCAAUCAGCUGUACUGAUUUUACUGAAUAUAGUUCAAAAUCUUUGUCUCAAGCCCAGGCCUAGAUAAAGCUGCUUGUACCAGUAAAAAGUUUAAUUCUAGAACACUUGGCUUUACUGAGGACCAGAGAGGUUCUGAGGUUUAUCCAGUUUUUCUCAUCGUUUGUAAGGCAGAAAAAAAUCCUUUUUUCUGUUUCUUUGUGGCAGUAGAAGGGUCCCAGGCCAGCAAAGAUGACCUGGAAGUCAAAUUCUUUUCUUUUUCAGGCUCUUCUGAAAGCCCUUUCUGGAAAGAGAGGGAUUAUUGGGAGAGAAGUUUAGGCAUUGAAGGCUCAUGUCAGGUCUUGUGCUCUGUGCUCUGCCAUUGCCACCUCCUGUGAUUGGUCCUACAAGGUGUUACUUGUUCACAAGAUUUUCAGGGCUGAACAUCUGUGUGCUGAUGGCAGUGUCUGGAGGAGAGAGUCACUUCUGAAGACCUGCACUGUGCCACCAAAAAAUAUAUUGAAGUUUCUGCUACUGCCAGCUUUAAUUCCUGUUAUUCACUGUUUGUUCAGAGUCCUUUUCCUCGCUGUUAUGGGGAGUUUUGGGAUGAUACAGCAUCUCACUGUGAUCUGUGGCUGAUGUUUCCAGCUCAGUGUCCCUGCAGAGAAGUGCUUUGGGUUUUUAGGAUCCCUCACUUUAUAACUGGAAUACGCACGGCAUUUUAUUAAAACAAAAGCAGGGUACUUUUUAUGUAGAAUGUUGUCUCUGCUUUCUGCUAAUAAUAAAAACAUUUAUCAGUUCCCUUUUACUUUGUGAUGAGGUCAGGGAGCUCAGCAGAGCUGAGAGCACAUCCCUGGGACAUGGGGGUCCAUGGGAACACAAGGCUGAAGGGGGCUUCUGUGCUCCUUCAUCAUUCUAAAUGGAGUCUAAUUUGUUUAUGGCUUGAGGUCUCAAGGUUAUUGAAAAUAUUUCUUCUAAUUACCAUUUAGAGUUGUUUGUUUCCUAUACACCAAUAAUAACUUAUAUGUUUGCCAGAUCUGUAAGGACUAUAAUACCAAACACAAAUUUGUGUAUCAGGCUGGGGGGCUACACCUUAUCUGGUUAAUAAACUGUAGCAGAACUUC